CCCACCGAAAGGAAAAGUCAUCAGUGUCAGUUUUCAACCGAUCGUAUCGUAAAGCAAUCAUCUUGAAAUGGCUUUCAAAUUCGCCGCCGUGUUUGCCGUCCUAGCCGUGGCCAGUGCCGGCGUUGUUCCGGUGCAGCAGCUGCACACGCAGUACCACGAACCGGCCGCGCACAUCGCGUACCACCAGCCCCAACCGGCCCUGAUCAAAACCGUGGCCCAACCGACGCUCGUGAAGACCUACGCGCAACCCACCCUGGUGAAGACGAUCUCCCAGCCAACGCUGGUGAAACAGGUCGAAAUUCACGACGAUCACAACGCCCAGUACGACUUCUCGUACGGAGUGCACGACGAGCACACCGGAGACAUCAAGAGCCAGCACGAGACCCGCCACGGAGAUCAGGUCCAAGGCCAGUACAGUCUGAUCGAUUCUGAUGGCCACAAGCGCACCGUGGAGUACACCGCUGACGAUCACAACGGAUUCAACGCCGUGGUGCACCGGGAGCCAACCGAAUUCAAGGUGCCCCAGCCAGUGCAGAAGAUCGCCAUCGCUCAACCGGUUACCAAAGUGAUUGCCCAGCCGGCUUAUGUUGCAGCGGCACCAGUCCAUGCGCACUACCACGAAGCUCCGGCGCACCACUACUAAGGAAGACAUACGAUAAUGAUCACGUGGUAAUUAAAUAGUUGUUUGCAUUUUUAGCAUUCCGUUUUCGAUAGGUACAAAUAAAUUACUCAAUAAAUGAUACAAAACACUUUUAUAAAUUUGAA